GUCUACGGGCUUGGACCCGGUGCUCACUGCAUCCCACAUACUGCAGCAGAAUGAAAGCAUUUAUUCUGAGGCCUCAAAAGUAGUGCUGCCCUAGACCAUGAGCAAGAAGGCGUGGACUUCAGCCUGCACGGAUGGUCUGGAAACACAAACGGCCGUGGGUCUAGCCAUUUUACCCUGAGUUUCUCAACUGCCACCCCUUCCACUCCAGCACAAUCGGUGUGGAGAGAUCUGCAGGGAAGGAAGUGACUGCUUAUGUUUCUCCAGUGUGAUGAAAGCACAUGGUACAGUUUUCCAAAGAAAUUAGUCCUUUUUCUGGGUGAAACGAAACCAGUUUGCUGUUUUCCUAGGGGAUUUCUCACUCCUCUGGAAGGAAGAAAGAACACGCCUGAGCCCGGGAGCGCUCCAGCUUCUUGUGGGGAGUCUCUAUGGUGAAGGCUCAGCCCCCGCUACCUGCGAACAGCACGCAGUGAAUGUCAUUCCAGAGCUGCUGUGGGCCGAUAGCACCCACGGGGAGAUGAUUCCUCAUGAAGAGCCUGGAUCCCCUACAGAAAUCAAAUGUGACUUUCCAUGUAUCAGACUAAAACCAGAGCCAGCCAGACAGUGAAACAGUCACCGUGGAGGGGGGACGGCGAAAAAUGAAAUCCAACCAAGAGCGGAGCAACGAAUGCCUGCCUCCCAAGAAGCGCGAGAUCCCCGCCACCAGCCGGCCUUCCGAGGAGAAGGCGGUCCCGCCGCCGAGCGACAACCACCGGGCGGAGGCCGUGGCAUGGCUCCCGGGCAACCCCGGGGGCCGCACCCAUGGGGGUGGCCGGCACGGCCCGGCAGGGACUUCCGCGGAGCUGGGUUUACAACAGGGAAUAGGUUUACACAAAGCGCUGUCCACGGGGCUGGACUACUCCCCGCCCAGCGCGCCCAGGUCUGUCCCGGCGACCAGCACGCUGCCCGCGGCGUACCCUCCCCCGCAGUCGGGGACGCCCGUGUCCCCCGUGCAGUACGCCCACCUGCCACACACCUUCCAGUUCAUCGGGUCCUCCCAGUACAGUGGGCCCUACACCGGGUUCAUCCCUUCACAGCUGAUCUCCCCGACAGCCAGCCCCGUCACCAGUGCCGUGGCCUCUGCCGCGGGGGCCACCACUCCAUCCCAGCGCUCCCAGCUGGAGGCCUAUUCCACUCUGCUGGCCAACAUGGGCAGUCUGAGCCAAGCCUCAGGACACAAGGCUGAGCAGCAGCAGCAGCACCUGGGCAGGACGCCGGGGCUCAUCACCCCGGGGUCCCCUCCACCCACCCAGCAGAACCAGUACGUCCACAUCUCCAGCUCUCCGCAGAGCGCCGGGCGCACGGCCUCCCCUCCGGCCAUCCCCGUCCACCUCCACCCGCACCAGACGAUGAUCCCACACACGCUCACCCUGGGGCCCUCCCCCCAGGUCGUAGUGCAAUACACCGACUCCGGCAGCCACUUCGUGCCCCGCGAGGCCGCCAAGAAAGCCGAGAGCGGCCGGCUGCAGCAGGCCAUGCAGGCCAAGGAGCUCCUGAAUGGGGAGGUGGAGAAGGGCCGGAGGUACGGGGCCCCCAGCUCGGCCGACCUGGGCCUGGUGAAGGCCGGCAAGUCCCUUCCUCACCCGUACGAGUCCAGGCACGUGGUGGUCCACCCCAGCGCCGCCGACUACGGCGGCCGGGACUCCGCGGGGGUCCGGGCCUCUGUGAUGGUCCUGCCCACCAGCAACACCCCCGCCACCGACCUAGAGGUGCAGCAGGUGGCGCACCGGGAGGCUUCUCCCUCCACCCUCAACGACAAAAGCGGCCUGCACCUGGGGAAGCCCGCGCACCGGUCCUACGCGCUGUCCCCUCAACAGGCUCUGGGCCCCGAAGGCGUGAAGGCCGCCGCCGUGGCCACGCUGUCCCCCCACACGGUCAUCCAGACCCCGCACAGCGCUUCAGAGCCCCUCCCGGUGGGACUGCCAGCCACCGCCUUCUACGCGGGGACGCAGGCGCCGGUCAUCGGCUACCUGAGCGGCCAGCAGCAAGCGAUCACGUACGCCGGCAGCCUGCCCCAGCACCUGGUGAUCCCCGGCACGCAGCCGCUGCUCAUCCCGGUGGGCAGCGCGGACGUGGAGGGCUCGGGAGCGGCCCCCGCGAUAGCCACGUCGUCGCCCCAGUUCGCGGCCAUGCCUCACACGUUCGUCACCACCACCCUUCCCAAGAACGAGAACUUCAGCCCGGAGGCCCUGGUCACGCAGGCCGCCUACCCCGCCAUGGUGCAGGCCCAGAUCCACCUGCCCGUGGUGCAGUCGGUAGCGUCCCCCGCCGCGGCACCCCCCACGCUGCCCCCCUACUUCAUGAAAGGCUCCAUCAUCCAGCUGGCCAACGGGGAGCUGAAGAAGGUGGAGGACCUGAAGACGGAAGACUUCAUCCAGAGCGCGGAGAUCAGCAGCGAUCUGAAGAUCGACUCCAGCACGGUGGAGAGAAUCGAGGACAGCCACCACCCCGGCGUCGCUGUGAUCCAGUUUGCCGUCGGGGAGCACCGAGCACAGGUCAGCGUGGAGGUUUUGGUAGAGUACCCUUUUUUUGUGUUUGGACAGGGCUGGUCAUCCUGCUGCCCGGAGAGAACCAGCCAGCUCUUUGAUCUGCCGUGUUCCAAACUCUCAGUUGGGGAUGUCUGCAUCUCGCUGACCCUCAAGAACCUGAAGAACGGCUCUGUUAAAAAGGGCCCGCCCGUGGAUCCCGCCAGCGUCCUGCUGAAGCAUUCAAAGACCGACAUCCUGGCAGGCAGCAGACACAGGUACGCCGAGCAGGAGAACGGCAUCAACCAGGGAAGUGCCCAGAUGCUGUCUGAGAAUGGCGAACUCAAGUUUCCGGAGAAAAUAGGAUUGCCCGCAGCGCCCUUGCUCACCAAAACAGAACCCAGCAAGCCCACGGCAACGAGGAAGAGGAGGUGGUCGGCUCCGGAGACCCGCAAACUGGAGAAGUCAGAAGACGAGCCACCUUUGACUCUUCCUAAGCCUUCUCUAAUUCCUCAGGAGGUUAAGAUUUGCAUUGAAGGCCGGUCUAAUGUAGGCAAGUAGAGGCAGUGUGGGGAAAGGAAAUUCGGCUCUCCCUUAUCAUUUGUAUCCAGAUUACUGUACUGUAGGCUAAAUAACACAGUAUUUACAUGUUACCCUCUUUAGGUUUCUGUUCUAACCUUGUCAUUAGAGUUACAGCCGGUGGUGCGCAGGAGAUGGGUGCACUUGCUUUUCCGGGAGUGUCUGGCAGUGACAGUGGCAGGUUGGGGGGUGGAGAGGGACGGCCAGGGCAGGCCACCCCCCUCCCUCCCCGCGCAGGCUCUGGGGCGUCCUGGUAGAAACGAAUUGUGGCUUCCGAGCACCUGCCUUUUCCAGCCACACAGAAGCCUCCACCGGGCGCUGACUUCCGCCGCUUUCCCAGAGAAGUUCUGCGGGGCAGGGAGCUGUCCGCGGUGCGCACGUGCGUGCGUGCGUGCGUGUGUUCCCGCGGGGGCGCGUGCACGUGGGGGGCACAGGUGCAUGGCCAGGGAGGGUUCCCCUUCCCUCUGCCUCCCUCCGGCCCACUCUCUCCGGCCCUCAGCACGGGACUGGAGGUCCAGGGGGAAGGUACUGGUGAGGUUCUCCCGGCAAAACCAACACAGGAACUCAGCAGGGCCUGAUCGGGGGCCUCACUCAGACAGCAGAUGGGAAGCUAACUGUGCAGAAGAUCCUUCUCCCCACCCCCCCAACAUAUUUUACAAUAAAAGCAACUUUUAAUCCUA